AUGUCCGGCUACAACAAGGAGAAGGAGUUCGGCGAGGCCCCCAAGGUCCACAAGAUCAGAAUCACUCUGUCUUCCCGCAAGGUUCAGGCCCUCGAGAAGGUCUGCUCUGAGCUCCUUGAGCGCGCCAAGUCCAAGGACCUCAAGGCCAAGGGCCCCGUCCGUCUCCCCACCAAGACCCUCAAGAUCAUGACCCGCAAGACCCCUUGCGGUGAGGGUUCAAAGACCUGGGAUCUCUACGAGAUGCGCAUCCACAAGCGCCUCAUCGACUUGACCGCCCCCACCGAGGUCGUCAAGCAGAUCAUCAUCAACAUCGAGGCUGGUGUCGAGGUCGAGGUUACCAUUGCUGCUUAA